AAAUUUGGCGACCUAAAGCGUUUUUGAACUCCUCACUUCCUCGAAAGAAGAAGACAAGAACUUUCAAACAUCGUCCGAGGCUGUUCCAACUUUGUAUAUAUCUAUCUAUUAAAGGCUCCGAACGAUUAACUUUAAGUUGUUCCCUUCCUCGCCCAAACCCGCCGUCUCUCUCUGUCUCCGCCGGUGUCGUUGCCGGAGCCUGAGUCGCCGGCCGUCAGGUAGACAGGUUUGUUUGUUUAGAGGGAGGAGGCAAACGCUGAAGAAGCAGUCAUUUACUCUGAAGUUAUAAUGCAAACGAUGAUCAAUACCCACUCACUCUUUGGCCUAAACUCUACUAUAAUAGAGCAGAAACAAAGGCUUGAGUUUUCUCGCAGACGGGCAUGCUUCCCUUCUCAGUCAAGUUACAUUGUAAAUCAAUUUUCCCAUGGAAGGACAAUGUUCCGACUGCGUCUAGCAGUUUGUGCUACGCCAUCUGAUGUGGAAGACGUCAAAGCUUCUUCCCUUGAGAAGGAAGAUGUUCUGGUUGCCACCUCCGGGACAGUUAAGAGCGAUGAGUUGAAGAUUCAUGUGGAGGUAUCUGGUGAGAGGACUCGGGAAGAAUUCGAUAAUGUGUUUGACAAAAUGGUAGCUGCAGCUCAGCCAAUUCCAGGAUUCCGCAGAGUUAAAGGAGGGAAGACACCAAAUAUACCCAGAGAUAUCUUGUUAGAGAUUCUUGGACCAUCCAAAGUUUACAAGCAGGUGAUCAAGAAAGUAAUCAAUUCUACCAUUGCAGACUAUGUGGAAAAGGAAGGCCUAAAGGUCGGGAAAGAUUUGAGAAUCGAGCAGAGCUAUGAAGAUCUCGAAGAGACAUUUGAACCAGUUGUCUCGCCAUCUUCAUGCCCGGGAUGCUUCCCUUGGAAUUCUAUGGAGCCAUUACUUGUGGGGACCUCUCUUUCGCCGGAGCUUCCAUUUUCAGUUUUUUCUGGUAAUCUUCCUUCUGCAAAUUGGUAUAGUUUCUUCUCCAAACUCUUCAAGCGUUGUGAAAUGUGUAACCUCUCUUUCUCCAUUUCCAGAGAUGAAGAGUUAGUGAAACUAGGCUUGGGGGUUUUGUCCUUGCCCUCUUGAGCAGAUAUUCCCAUGGCGGCAAGGAUUUCACCUCUCGGUUCAUCUGGAUACUUGACCCUGUAAUAUUCUAACUCCAUCUCGAGAUCUUGCAGCUC